ACAAAUGUAAACAUAAAUGUAAAUACUAAAAUACAAUUGCCGAAAUGGCAGUCAAAUUCGAUCACCGUCAUCACCAUGAUCACCAACACCACCAACACCACCACCACCAUCAUCAUACACAUUAAGGUACUUGUUCUCAUCAUCUUAAAAUUUGAAUAUUCACUUAUUUAGUAAAUAAACCAAUCAAAUUUACAUGGUGUAAUAUUAUUGGCUAAAAAAAUUGUUUGGUAAACUUUCAGGUCGCUGAUAUAUAUAUAAGUAGACAGAUAUUGUGGUAUACAAUUCGAUUACAAUUUAUCAUUAUUACUAUUAUUAUGAGCUUAAUAAACGCAUACAUAAUCUACCUUAUAUGUUUUAUUUUAUUAUUAAUUCAAAAGAAUAAUACAUCUGAAUAUGAUUCUAAUAAAGAGUAUAUUGAUGAAGAAGCAUUGAAUCGAUUCAUAAACGAUACUGAUGAUGACAAUGAUCAUCAUGUUCAUCAUAAUCAUCGUCAUCAUCAACAAGAUCGUCACCAUCGACGAGAUAUUCAUAAAAAUGUCGGACGAAAAACUCAAUUGAAAUUGUUUCCAUGGCGUAUACAUUUUAAUCGACCAAAAACUCAAGAAAUGUAUGUAUUCAAUACAGACCGUUAUAGUAAUUGGUCAGAUUGGAAAGAAUGUUUACCAAUGGAAUGUAUUGAAAUACGUUAUCGUAAAUGUUUAGAUAAUUCAUGGAAAACAAUAUCACCAAAUCUUAUUCAUACAACUAGAUGUAUAUCAAAAUAUUAUACAGAGAAACGUACAUGUUUAAAUAAGACUCAAUGUAAUGAACAUACUGGUGAACAAAUUAUCAAAAAUCUAACUAAUACAUGUGGAAUACGUAAACAAGAUAAUAAAAUAAUAGAAAAAAUUCUUGGCGGUAAAUCAGCUGAACCACAUUCAUGGCCAUGGGCUGUAAGUUAUCAUAUGCAUAGUUAA